CCAAGGGUAGUGUAUAGUAUAACUUAUAAGUACUACUUUAUAUUUCAGGCGACCAUAGAUACAAGAAAAGAGUGGUAAGGCAAGAAAUUGAUAUUAGAGCAAUGGCGAGUGAUGUUGAAAAAGAAAAUGAAAAUUUUCGGGCGAGUCAAAAUCAGAACCAACAAGAAGAUUUUGGCGAUUCACGAAGCUCUGCUGACAGUAUUGGAACUGCGAACAGGCUGCUGGUGUUGGCUGCGUUAGCAGGGAUGGCACUCCAGUUAUCGCGCAACAUACCCGGUGGCAAGUGGCCGGAUGACAAGCCACCUCACAAGGCGGGUGAAGCCAUAAUCGCAUCUACUCAUCCAAAUAUCUACAAAUUUUUUGUGCUUACUAACGGCAUAGCAUUCGGUUCAGCCCUCCUCGCAAUCUUCCUCAUCACCAUAUGGCCAACCAGAAGCAAAUUACCUAGUCAUACCGCAUCGUCUGCCACAUGGGUUUCGCUGGUAGCUAUCGCAAUGAGUUAUGUAGGAUCCACUAUGGCGAUCGCUCCCCAUACCAAAUCAAUAAUAGCCGAUCCUAUUGUUCCUAUACUAGCAAUGCUUGGCUCCAUUCUCAUCACUCUACUCAUAUCGGCCUUUUAUCCUCUGAUGUUGUUUUACUCGGGCCGGGGGACCAACAUCCAGCUUAAUGAAGAUCUCACAAUCCAUCAUCAAAUUUGCCAACUCUUUGAGACAUUGCUUUUCUACUCUGCCAUUUUGCUCAAGUCCUUGACAAGCUUUGUUCUUGCACAAGCUAAACCCUUUCGCUUAUUACUCGUGUGAAAAAUCUCUUCUUAAACUCCAAACUGCAGCACCUUUACGGGUGCACUCCUAUCAUAUUUUGAUAGUAUAUGUUAUGUACUACUUUCUAUUUUGAUACUCCAUAUGUUAUCCACUUUCUUCUAUGUUAACGCUGCAUAUUCUUGUUUA